CAUGGAGUUAGAGUGUGGCGUAGGUGUCUGUGGCUCGUGGCUUCGGGAGCAACUUGCACUCCAAUUGAACUCCAUUUGGUCGAGCAAUGGAUAUGCUGCAGCCGCGCAGUGGGCUCCACUCCUACACUACCUCUACCCCUGCUACAUUCAUCUUUAUGAGGAACAGCCCCCAAUUGAAGAAUGCACAGGCGUAUUCUUUGGUCUAAUUAGCCAGCUCAUGUCAAGCCACCAGGACAUUCUCCUGGAAGAUGUACACACUGGAGAUGUUGAAAUUAUUGAACUGCAGAUCAAAAUGCCUUUAUUGCUGAAUAAGUUUCUGCAAGUGAUUAAUUCUGUACUUGACCGGAUGAAUGGAGAUCUGUGUCACAAACUGGCUGAAAUUUUCUUGUGCACCAACUGGUGCUUAUUUGAUAAUUCAUCAAAUGAACUCAGCAAGACUCUUGUGACUGAUGCUACGAAUAUUUACUCUAAUUCGUGGCGACUUCACUACAACAUGCUGAUCACGUUACUGUUGAAACUGACUGGAAUCAACAUUGUUUACGGCAAAGACUACAUUUUUGAAACGCAAAACCCUGCUCUAUCCAAACCAUUCAAGACUUUGAUCAUGGUUCACCGAGCAUUUGAUCAAAUGUAUCAUGCUCUCAGGCUUGUAAAUGGAACAGCAGAGUUUAAGGAAUCAAUGCGUGAGGCGUCCACUAUUGAGUUCACAUUGCACCCAUUUCGCAGUUACUUUUACUACAUUCUGUCCAGGUUUUAUCGCCAUAAAAUGAAUGAGGAGUCAAUUUUUUGCGUCUGUUGCCAAGUUUACUGGACAUAUUGGCAAGCGUUGUGUAAAGCAAGAAGUCUGAUUUCCCAGGAAAUGGCUUUCCAUGAACUGCCAAAUAAUAGCUUUGUUGCUGCAUUCAUCAGAGGAGAUUUUGAAGAGACAAAUUUGCUGAUCGAACCAAUCCUCCCGUAUGCUCGUGUUGCUGAAGAUCAUAUUGAGAUCUACAAGACGGCUAGUGACAUGGACUGGGAGUUUCCGUUGAUGGAAAAUAAUGGUCAGCCGGUGGUUAAUAUGAGCGACUUCUCUGGUUUUACGGACUCUAAAGGCAGUGAUGAUGGCAAAAAGAAACCAGGAAAGGCCAAGAAAAGGUUUAAGCCUCCUAAGGAGGUUAUUAAAGCCCUGCAAGACGCACAAAAACCUCCAAAUAAAGCACUUCAAGAAGAAGAAAAACCAGGAAUAGAAGCCCUGCAAGAGGCGCAAAAACAGCAAAAUGAUAUUGAAAAGCACACUUGCAACUGGUGCAAGAAAUCUGUCAACGAGAAUUUCUUAACUUGUGAAGAAUGCCUGAAAACUGAAUUUCCAAAUGUUCACUAUUACUGCUCCAAGUCUUGUCAGGCUGCCGCUUGGGAAACUUUCCAUGAAGAAGAGCAUUUGAUUUCUGAGCUGAUGAAAAAUUUUGACAGCAUGUAAAAAUCGGAGACUGGCAACCCUUAGCGCUUAAUGGCCGUAAUGUGUUAAACUCUUUACUGAAAUUCAACUUACAGUGUCAGUGGUAUUUCCUUCAUACUGCAUCAAAAAUGAGCAUCUCAUAUUUUUUUGUGAGGUUAUCUCAAUAAAAAGAUA